GUAGCCCCUGAGCCCAUGGGGGACCGGGAACCCAUCACCUUAGGACAUGGGGCAGUGUGACAUCCGGGUUACCACAGUUUACCUUUCCCAAGUGUUCCCGGGUACGCAUUUAUCAGCAUGACCAAAACUCUCCACCCUUCGCUUCAAGACACCCCUCAGAAUGCUCCGGGUGACAGCAGCGCGCCUCUCCAGGGUCAGCAGGCACACCCUCACCCGCCGCUGUGUUCACCCGCCCCCACCUGUUGCUGCUGCCGCUGUCAUAGGGCACUCAGCGGGUACAAGAUGCCAGUCGACCGCUGCCCAGAGUGCCCAGGAUGCGGCGGCCCUCAAUAACAGGGUCGCCCCAGUUGACCUGAGGGCGGCACAGAGCAGGGUGACCUUUGACCUGCCUGCCAUGACCGCCCUCCUGGACCACGACAACCAUGAGAUGCGCAAGAAGUUCAGAGCCUUCAUGAGUGAGCCAGUGAUGGUGCCACGCUACAACAUACCCCUGGAGGAGGAGCGGGAGGUGGCCCUGGCCCGCCUCAAGAGGAUCUGCGACGCCGGCUUCAUCUCCGUCCUGGACUUCCGCCACAACCCGCUCAGGAUCUUCGCAGCGCACGAGCUGGCCGCCAUCAUCGACCCCGCCAUGACUGUGAAGAUGACCGUGCAGUUUAACCUCUUCGGUGGCACUGUGCUGAAGCUUGGCACUGAGCGACACCACGAGAAGCUGCUGGCCGGCAUCGACACCCUGGAAGACGUGGGCUGCUUUGGCCUCACUGAGCUCGGCUACGGGAACAACGCCGUCGAGAUGGAGACCACGGCAGAGUACGACAAGGACACUGACGAGUUCAUCAUCAACACCCCACACCCACUGGCACAGAAGUACUGGAUCACCAACGGCGCGGUGCAUGCCAGACACGUGGUGGUGUUCGCCCAGCUGCAGGUGGCCGGCGCGCAGCACGGCAUUCACGGCAUACUGGUGCCCAUACGUGACGAGAACCUCAAGAUCCUCCCCAACGUGCGCGUGGAGGACAUGGGUCACAAGAUGGGCCUGAACGGGGUGGACAACGCCAAGCUCUCCUUCGACAACGUGAGGGUGCCGCGCGAGAACCUCCUCAACCGCUACAGUGACGUGACCAAGGACGGGGAGUUCCAGUCGCAGAUUAAGAGUGCCCGCAGUCGCUUCCUCACCGUGGCGGACCAGCUGUUGUCGGGCCGCAUCUGCAUCGCCAGCAUGAGCAUGGGCGGCGCCAAGGCCUCCCUCACCAUUGCCCUGCGCUACGCUGCCUCACGCCUCACUGUGGGACCCACCGGCAAGUCCGACACCUCCAUCCUGCAGUACCAGCUCCAGCAGCGUGCCCUUCUGCCGCUUCUCGCUCGCACCUACGCACUCAACUUUGGCCUGGACUAUGUGAAGAAUCGUUGGGCCAACCAGCCAGCGGACGGGUCAGAGCACCAGGAGAUUGUGACCAUGUGCUGCGUCAUCAAGCCUCUCGCAUCCUGGAACCUGGAGAACGUGGUGUCGGUGUGCAGGGAGCGUUGCGGCGGCCAGGGAUACCUCUCUUGUAACAGAUUUGGCGUGUUCCAUGGGUUGGCGCACGCAGCCAUGACUGCCGAGGGGGACAACAGUGUGCUCAUGCAGAAGGUGGCCAAGGAGAGACUGGCCGCCUUCAAGCCUGUGGCCGAGGACCCCAGCCUGCCCACGGACCCCAGCAACAAGGCCUACCUCCACAACCUGCUCAGGAAGAGGGAAAAUACUCUGUUCAUGGCCCUGGGCAAGAAGCUAAUGAGUGCGGGGAAGGCCAAGCUCUUUGAGACAUGGAUGCUGCAGGAGUCUGACCUCGUCCAGGACGCUGCCAAGGCCUACGGGGAGAGGCUGGUGUCGGAGCAGUUUGAGGCGGUGCUGGAGCGGUGCGAGGCCAGCCUGAAGCCGGUGCUGAGCCAGCUGCACCACCUGUACCUGUUGAGCAUCGUGGAGGCCAAUCCAGCCGUGUUCCUCACCAACCACCUCAUGGACACCAACACACUCGCCAAGGUGUUGGAGGCGUCAAGGCAGGUGUGCAUGGAGCUUGGACCUGACGCCCUGGCCCUGUGUGAGGCGUUCGACAUCACCGACCCCAUGCUGUCCGCACCCAUCUCUCAGGACUGGGUCACCUACAACGAGAGGGACAACCAGGGAGAGCUGUAGAGGGUGAUGGUGUUUGGAAGAGCCGGUGCUAGAGAUGCAGGACUCUGGGGUGUGGUGUUGCGUCCUGGAGAGCCACAAGACGAAGGUGCAAGUUUAAGGUUGGUUGGGGACUUGCUGUAAUAGGGUUUUUUUUUUCUUCGACUACUUCUCCUUCCUUGUCUUCUUCUUCUUCUCCUUCUUACUUUUCUUCUUUGAUCAGAUUGAAUUUCCUUAGUGCCAGAUCCAAAAUUUUCUUUCAAGGAGGGCAAAGAAAGAUAAGUUUCCCAAAAUGUAAAACUACUUCUCUUUGUUUAACCCGCAAACUGCUGUACGCCUUCUGGGCGGCUGAGCGGUAAGCUGCUGUAAGCCUUCUGGAAGCGGGCUUUUCAAACAGGCGCCAAAAAGUUACCGCCGCUGCUUCAGAUACUGCCAGAAAAACAUUUUUGUGAUAGAAAAAUCUAAGAAAUAUGCAGGAUACAACACAUUUCGAGCUACAGAUAUGUGUAUUGUAAUAUUUAUGACACGUUUAUGUAACUUAGAUAUCAUUUAUUGAAGGUCAAUCUCUCGCUGAUAUAGCCGCACUAGGCGACGCACUCAGAAUCUCAGUCCCGCAGCUUACGGGUUAAUGUCCUUCGCGUCCAAAAUGCAAAAACUCCCAGCAUGACCAUGAACAUUUUGAAAAGGCUAAUUGGAAACGAUUCUUUGACUAUCAGAUGAAAACGGUUCCGCUCGCACCAGUUUGAAGGGAUGUCAGUGUGCUGCUUGACUAUCACAAUUGUGCCUAUUCACCCUUUUUAUUUAUUUAUUUAUUUAUUUUUUUUUUACAUCAGAGGACACAGCUCAAGGGCAACAAAAAGGGUACCCCAAAAAAAAGCCCGAUACUCGCCGCUCCCAUAAAAGAUAAAAGCAGAGUGGCCAUAAGAGAGGUCAAUUUCAGGUGGAGAGGUGUCUUGCAAAAUUAAACGAUCGAUUGAGUCAGUUGCAAAGUAAAUAGAUGUGUGUGUGUGUGUGUGUGUGUGUGACAAAAUUUUAGAACAAGAACAGAGUUAAACUUUCUACAACUGAAAUAUCUGUUGUGCAGGUUUGGUAGCUAUUCAGGGCAAGAAAAAUAGUAUAGUUCAUAAAAAGUAACAAAAGAGUAACAAAAAGAAGUGUUCAAGGUGUGUCCAAGCAAGUUAGGCGUUGCAUUAUAGAAAUAUUUGCCGUGCCAUCCUCUUGUUGGUUCAAAAGGGCAAAUUUGGCAGCAAUUCAAGCCAACAAAAACACUACUUCAUAACAAAACAAUACAACGAUAGCGUAAGGCAAAGAAGUGUUCAUGGUGUGUCAAAUCAAGACCAGGGUUAGGCGUUGUAUUAUUGAAAUAUUAGCCGUGCCAUCCUCUUGUCGGUUCAAAGAUGCAGGUUUGGUAGCUCAUUCAGGGCAACAAAAACACUACUUCAUAACAAAACAAUACAACAGUAGCGUAAAGUAAAGAAAUGUUCAUGGUGUGUCAAAGAAAGACCAGGGUUAAAAAUUGCAUUACUUAAAUAUUUGCCGGUUCAGAGAUGUAGGGUUGGUAGCUCAUUCAGGGCAACAAAAACGCUACUUCAUAACAAAACAAUACAACAGUAGCAUAAAGUAAAGAAGUGUUCAUGGUGUGUCAAAGAAAGACCAGGGUUAAAAAUUGCAUUACUUAAAUAUUUGCCGGUUCAAAGAUGUAGGGUUCGUAGCUCAUUCAGGGCAACAAAAAUAAUACAGUUCAGUGUUAAUAAACUGUACAAUAGAGUAAAGCAAGGGAGCAUUCAUGGUGUGUCAGAUCAAUACGUAACAAAACAACAGAGUAAAGGAGUGUUAUGGUGUGUGAAAUUAAGACCUAUUUUAACUCUUCUAAGCUGCUGUGUAAAUAUAUUCCUCGGAAGACUUAAAGAUGAGCUGUUUCUUCCAAUCAGCAGUGAGGGUAAGUUCAAAUGUGUUCUCUCUUGCACAGCCUUUGUAUGGUUUGUUUAUAAAGGUUUGUAUGGCUUAUGGGUGAUAGGUCUCGUAUAAUCCACUAUUGUUUUACUUAUACAUUAAUAUCCACUCAAGUCAGGAUAUUGUGGGUGGGAGGAGAUUAUUGUACAGUCUUUUUUUCAUUAUGGGCCGUAUUACAAGUCGGAUCAGAGAAGUUUUGGAUCCCUACAAUGUUUUUCAUCACGAACUCUGUAGGGACCUGAAUUUUCUCAGAUUUGACUUAGGGGCUAUUACACUGGGCAAAUUUUCCGUGGAUCUUCAGUCAAACCACGAUUUCCGCUGGCGUGGUUCUCAUAUUUCCGUGGUUUUCUGACGUGUCCACGAUCUUCCAAAGCUACGGUAGAUUUCACCGAAGGACGACGGUAUUACUCACCAUCAUCAUCAUCAGCAAUAACAAGAAAUAAAUGAGAACCAAGCUAGCGGAAAUCGUGGUCUGACUGAAGAUCCACGGAAAAUUUGCCCAGUGUAACAGCCCCUUAAUGCGGCCCCGAACUGAAAUCUGUAUGGACCUGAAACUUCUCGGAUUCAACUUGCAAUACGGCCCCAUCUUCCACCGAAACAAUAAUUUAACACUGGUAAAUAAAGUAUCUGUGUAAGUUCAAAUUUAUUGAAAAAAAUAUACUAUAAAAUUCCAUUAAAUUACGAAAAAAAAUAUUAUAAUUGAUUCGCUUCAAAAAGUAAUCAUUCAAGCUAGGAGAGAAGGAAAGUGUUUUGUGUGUUCAGCCAACAACAACAAAAUAUUAUCAAUGCAAUUAAUUUAAGUGGUUGAAAUUUGUAUACAGAUUUAGAUAGUCAAAUAGAUAUUUUUCAACUGGAAUUAA